GGGCGCUAUAGAGACUGUUUUGCCGGUAGACAGACGCAGAAUCACCGCGGCCGUGCGCAGGUCAGACGAAAAAAGCGCGGUUUAAAGAGCAAUAUUUUACCAUUAAGUCUUUGUUUUUAUAAAUUGCUUGAUCAUCUGCACUAAAACGUCAACAUGAGCGAAAUCAACGUAAAAAAACUCAAGGUAAACGAGUUGAAGGACGAGCUCAAGAAGCGUCAGCUCUCCGACAAGGGAUUGAAGGCCGAGCUAAUGGAGCGGCUGCAGGCCGCGCUCGACGCCGAGGCCCUGGCCGGAGCGGAGGAAGAAGCUGCAGAUGAAGCCGCAGAAGAUAACAAGGCUGAUGGAAACGGUGUUGACCUCGGACAAGAAGAGAUGGGAGAAGAAGCGCCAGAUGCGGAGGGGGAAAGCAUGGAGGCCGAAGAACAAAAUGAAGACGGGGGUGAUGAUGCAGCAGCUGCUGUGGGCGAUGGCGAGGACCUCAAGCAAGACGAUGAAAUGGGUGAAGAGGAGGAUGGGGAUGCCGGGGUGGAAAUGGACAAAGAAUUUGAUGAAGAUGAGGACGACGAAAUCAUAGAUAAGAUCGACGAUGAAGACGGUGAGCCAGAAUCCCAGACAGUAGAGGGGGAUGCGGACAAAGACAACAGUGCUGAUCAGAAGAAUAAGAAGGGUGUUAAGAGACGCCGAGAGGAACAUGGAAGGGGCUACUUUGAAUUUAUUGAAGAAAGCAAAUACAGCCGGUCCAAGUCUCCUCUUCCACCUUUGGAGGAAGAAGAUGAGGAGUUUGAUGACACCUUGGUCUGCCUGGAUCCUUACAAUUGUGACCUUCAUUUCAAGGUCUCCCGGGACCGCUACAGCGCCUCCUCUCUUACCAUGGAGAGUUUUGCUUACCUUUGGGCAGGUGGCCGUGCCUCCUAUGGUGUGAACAGUGGCAAAACCUGCUUUGAAAUGAAGAUAACGGAGAAAAUUCCAGUCAAGCAUGUAAACAGCAAAAGUAUGGAUGUCCAUGAUGUCCAUAUUGGCUGGUCUUUAGCUAAUGGAACACUUUUAGUUGGUGAGGAGGAACAUUCCUACUCUUAUUCUAGCAAAGGAAAGAAGACCACAAACUGUGUCACCGAAGACUACGGGGAAAAUUUAGAAGAAAAUGAUGUCGUUGGCUGCUUCAUUAAUUUCGAAGCAGCUGAAGUAGAGAUUUCGUUUUCCAAAAAUGGCAAGGACCUUGGUGUGGCUUUUAAGGUCGAUAAGGAGUCCUUAGGUGGAAAAGCUCUCUUCCCCCACGUUCUUUGCCACAACUGUGCCGUUGAGUUUAAUUUCGGUCAGAUGGAGACCCCGUUUUUCCCUCUGGUGGAAGGCUUUACCUUCCUGCAGCAAAUUCCGGUGGAUGUUCGGGUCAGAGGACCUAAAGGACCCGAGACCAAGAAAGAUUGCGAGGUGAUUGUCAUGGUCGGCCUGCCUGGAUCUGGAAAAACUGUAUGGGUGAAGAAACACAUUGAAGAAAACCCUGGAAAGUACAACAUCCUUGGUACCAGCACCAUACUGGAGAAGAUGAUGAUUGGCAGCAUGAAGCGGCAAAACAAAGACACAACAAAGUUAUCUGCCAUCUCUCAGCGAGCUCCUCUGUUCCUGGGCAAGUUCAUUGAAAUUGCCGCCCGUAAAAAGAGAAACUACAUCUUGGAUCAGACUAAUGUCUCCUCACCGGCCCAGAGACGGAAGAUGUGCCUUUUUGCUGGCUUUCAGCGCAAAGCUGUAGUGGUCUUCCCCACAGAUGAGACCUUCAAGGAGAGGACACAGAAGAAAGCAGAAACAGAUGGCAAAGAUGUACCCGAGCAUGCUGUUAUGAAAAUGAAAGGUAUCUACACACUACCAGAAGUAGGGGACUACUUUUCAGAGGUCACCUACGUGGAGUUGCAAAAGGAAGAAGCCACUAAAGUUUUAGAGCAGUACAAAGAAGAAAGUAAGAGUGCUCUGCCACCUGAGAAGAAACCCAACCAGGGAGCCGUUACUCCUAAAAAGCCAAUGGGACGAGGCAGGGGGCCAAAGAACCAGUUCAGUCGGGGUGGCGGUCCAAGCCCUCGGAGUAGGGGUGGAUUCCAGAACCGUGGAAACUACAGAGGAGUGCCAGCACAUCGUGGUGGUGGUUAUAACCGCCCUCCACAUGGCUUCUUGCCACCACCUCCUGCGUACCGAGGAGGAUAUCCUUCCCGAGGCAACUAUAGCAGAGGUGGAGGAAUGGCUCCUCACCGUGGAACGCCUCAUAGGGGUGGAUAUCGAGGGAACAUGAACAACAGGGGUCAAGGAAUGCACCGCGGAGGGCCAGCGAACAGAGGCAACAUGAAUCGUGGUGGUGGAUCCAACCAAAGAGGAAACUUCCAACAGAAGCACCGUGGCAGAGGAGGCAACCAGCAGAAUCGUGGUAGUUUCGGCAACAAAAAUGGAUCUUAUGCACAGUCCUUUAACCAGAGUUGGCAUCAAGGGUUUUGGAACCAGAAGCCAUGGAAUCAACAGUAUCAUCCAGGAUAUUACUGAAUGGGCAUUUGUAUUAAAGACUGGUGGCCUUUGGUGUGGUGAGAUACACAGCCACAGAAUAACCAUCCACUUUUACAGUUUUUUUUUUUAUUUUAUUUUAGAUUUUUUUUAAGCUAAGUCCGUUUUUUUUUUUAAAUUCAAGAAGCUAGUGAUAAACACUCAAUCCACCUCUAAAGCGAACAUUUUAUGUUCUCUAUAGUUGUGUAGUAACUUCACUCGCUCAGAUUUUUGUAAAAUGUAUUUUUCCUCCCCUUUUGUUUUAUCACAGCUUUGAAAUUGUUAUAUCAGGAAUUAACUUGUCUUGUUAGUGGAAUGCUUUGAAUUUCAGGGUUGUGCAUUUUAUUCUGUAAAAUGUCAUUUUUACGAAAUGUAAAUUAUUAUUUUUCAAUUUUUUUAUUUGUAAAAAAUGUUGUGUAAGAAUCCCACAGUACCGUAAUCAUUUUAAAAGCUUUUGGCAAUUAUCAUAUUCAUACAUGCACAGUUACUCCAGCCCUAUCGGUGAUGUGAUAUAUUGUUGUUCUAUAUUUACUUUUCGCAAAUCCAAGUUUAUUUGUUUGUGUUAGCCCAAAUUGUAUUCGUAAACUUCACAGGUUUGCAAUAAAUGCUGUGCUUGCUUUCCUAAGACUUUUAUGGCUUUGACUGAUAUCUUUUAACAAGUUAUAUCAAGGGCAUUAAAGCGCCUUUUGAAAAUCAGUCAGAUAUGGCUCUUAAUUCAGCUCUUUUAAUUGUCUUCCUGUCUUGCAGGGCAUACAGAGGAAACUUUUUUAAAAGUGUUUUUCAGUCAAAGUUUAUAAUGGUUUAAAAAAUUGCAAAAAAUCUUUUUCAGCAUUAAACUGUAGAUAUAAAAGAAAAUGCAUUGCAUAGUUGCAUAGUCUCUUUCUAUUAUCUGUGAAACCUAUACGUAUUAAUUCUUUAUAUUACUUAACAAAAACUUUGACUUCUGCUUUAAUAUAGGUAUUAGUUUUGUAAAUACUGCCUAGGUCUAACAAACUCUUUACUAACCUAACAGCUAACUCAACUGCAAGACACCUAUGGGCAUUUCUUUUGUAAAUGAUUAACUUUGAGAUUGCAUAACUGAUUGAAAGAUUCACUAAUUAAAAGUCUUAAAUGACUAAAAUUUUAGUAAAUGGGUGUCAAUGGUGUUCACCCAAUGUGUUGUUUUUCAUUAAAUCUCUGCUAAAUCAUGCAAACCACAGUGAUUCAGCGGAGUAACUGCUAUAUUGUUAAUCUAUACCGCACUUACCCAAUUUGCUUCACAUGAAAUUGCAUAAUAGAAACAUUUGGCAGAAUACAACUAUCUUUAAGGUGUUUUCGCCAAGACACAACUUUUGCUUACUAUAUUCUGCUAACAGUGGCCUUGACAUUCAUUUUAGGUCUAACAUGCAGCACAUAAGUACAUUUAAAAUCAUUAACCGUGUUAAGCUGUAAAAUGCAGCUGAAUUUAAACCUGAAUCAAGAUUUCAUUUUGAAUUUAGAAACACUCCAGUUCCUUCUUUCAGUACUGUUAUAUGUUGUUUGUAAUUUAUCCUGUCUCGAAUAUGACAACCCCCUGUAUAUCAUACACCACAAAAACAUGACAUACUGUACAUUUACAUUAGGACAGGCCCUUGACUCUUUUUAAUGAGUAGGUUUUUAAAAAUAAGUGGCAAAUGGCCGAAGAAGGGCAGCUAUUUUUUACUUAAAAUAACUUUUUUUCCCUCUGGAUAUAAGUGAAUAUUUUGUUGAAUUGCAUACUGUUUAAAUUGACUCAUUUUAGGAUGUGUUUUUCUGUAUGUUGAGAGUCCUUGUCCAUUUAUAGAAAUAGUUAAUGACAUAGCAUGGCAUGAAAGGCAUGGUGAUGCUGUUUUACUGUACAAUGUACAUAGACCUUGCUUGCAAAUGACACAAUUUUACGGAAGAGAAGUUCCUUUGUUAUAUUAAAGUGUUGUAGAAUUGAGAUGAUGGUCCAGUUAAUGAUAUUUGUAUUUUGACAUUGUUUUUUUCCAACAAAAUGAAUGUUACAUUAUUUUAUAAUGUAAGGAAAUGUGGCAUUUAAUUGUGUAAUAAACCUGAUGGAUGAGACGCGAUUAA